GGCGGGAGCGGCUGCCCGGCGGGGUGCCCCGGCCCGGGGUGAGCAUGGUGCCCUAGUGCUGGGGCUAUGUCGGAGGCGGCCCGGAGCCUCCUGCAGCGCUGGGGCGCCAGCUUCAGGAAGGGCACCGACUUCGACUCCUGGGGGCAGCUGGUGGAGGCGAUCGACGAGUACCAGAUAUUAGCAAGGCAUCUACAAAAAGAGGCACAGUCUCAGCACAACAACUCGGAAUUCACAGAAGAUCAAAAGAAAACCAUAGCUAAAAUAGCAACAUGCUUGGAACUGAGAAGUGCAGCUUUACAGUCCACCCAAUCACAGGAUGAAUUUAAGCUUGAGGAUUUGAAGAAGUUGGAACCAAUCUUAAAGAAUAUCCUCACUUAUAAUAAGGAGUUCCCCUUUGAUGUUCAGCCUGUCCCACUCAGGAAGAUCUUAGCACCUGGAGAAGAGGAACACUUGGAGUUUGAGGAGGAUGAUGAGGAAGGAGGAGCUGGAGCAGGGUCUCCAGACUCUUUUCCUGCUAGAGUUCCAGGAGCCAAUGAAGGUACUUUAUUACCCAGAUUGCCAUCUGAACCCGGGAUGACAUUACUCACAAUCAACAUAGAGAAAAUUGGUCUGAAAGAUGCUGGGCAGUGCAUUGAUCCUUACAUCACAGUCAGUGUAAAGGAUUUGAAUGGGAUAGAUCUGACUCCUGUGCAAGAUACUCCUGUGGCUUUGAGGAAGGAGGACACGUAUGUCCAUUUUAAUGUGGACAUCGAGAUUCAGAAACACAUUGAAAAACUAACAAAAGGUGCAGCUAUUUUCUUUGAAUUCAAACACUACAAGCCUAAGAAAAGGUUUACUAGCACCAAGUGCUUUGCUUUCAUGGAGAUGGAUGAAAUUAAACCUGGGGCAAUUGUUAUAGAACUGUACAAAAAACCCACUGACUUUAAAAGGAAGAAAUUGCAACUGUUGACCAAGAAACCACUUUACCUUCACCUCCAUCAAACAUUGCACAAGGAAUGACCCCAGUUGUGAGACUUCUGUGAACUGAACCGCAAGUCAUGGUAGCUCUGUGUAGUAGCCUUCGAGGGGCAGGAAAACGACUGUAUUCAUGCCAGUAGGUCAGACGGGACCAUCACACACUGCACAGCACUACUUCAGGGUCAGAGGCAAGCCUACCAUUCAAGUGCAAGAUUUUUUCAGUAACUUCCAGAUACAGGUUUUUCUGAGAGCCCUGAAAUACGUUGACUGCUUUUCCUAAUUUUGCUGUUCAUCACUUUUUAUCUUAACUGUCAUUAUCCUUUUGCCUCAAACUCCACCCAAGGAUGGAGACUGCCCCUUUGCCAAACCUGUAGCAAUAAAGACGUGGCAGGCCUACUAACUGUUUACACUUGCUGUGCUAUUGUAGUUCCUCUCAUCUGCAUUUUGGAGUCCUCUGUAGUGGGCUGGGUGGCAGAAGACCGGGAGAAAGACAAGGUGGGGCGGGAAGGAGCUUGAGGUACUGCAAGUGACUUAAAGUGAGGGAGAGGAGGAUGCUGGGUCAAGUGGGGUGGCCACAGAAGAGCUCCUCAGUCAGCUGUUCUGCUUUGGUCAGGCCAGGAGGAGGACAACUGCAGAUGAGAACACUGAACUAUGAUUUUAAAACAGCCUUGCCUGAUCCACUCCUACUGAGUUCUGGAUACAUGCUACAAUCCUUUAAAUCACCAUUACUCCCUAAUAGAUCUAAUUUUUCUGAAUCUUGCCACAGAGUGAUUUGCAAAGGUGGGUGGGGGUUGGAGAGAGGCUUUCUCCAGGGAUUCAUCCACGUGGUGGUGGGUGUUUUGCCAUGUCAGUGACAGCAGGACAGGCCCCUCAGUGUUCAAGCGUCAAUUUUCCAGAGCUUUUGGUAAAGUAGAUCUGUCUGCAGGUUGACCCACCUUUUACAUGAAACUGCUGUUCUUAUGGAAACUGAUUGUAUGCGGUUUUCUGCAUAUUUUGUGCAAGUCUGGAAACUUCCUCUAAAAAUUACCUUUUUAUGUAAGUAGAUAGGAUUAUCAUUUAUUUUCUAUAUUUUUGAUUUGGUGUGUAAUAAGCUGCAGGACAUUGGCUUAUUAUGACACACUUACAUUCACCUUUUGACCUAAUAAAGGGACAGAAGUAGAACCCAGUCAAAUCUUUCAUAUAUUUGCGUGGAUAUUUAAUACAAUACUUUAAGGUUUGAUAUACUUCUUGCAUAUCUAACUAGUGCCUAAAUACUCUGCUAUGCUAACGAAAGACCCAGCUCCCCAAAUAAUGUUAAAUACUAGGUUUAUUUUAAACAGUCUGGAUGCAGAUGUAUUGCCAGUUCCUCUUUUCUGUCAUGUAACCCCAAGAUGUUACGUUAUGCUUUAAUGGAAGGGAUGUUACUUUUCCUCAUGAUAUUUGUCUAUCUACAGGCCCGUGUUCAGCAUUUUUGGCUUUACCAUAUUGAUUAGGAUAAAAAGCUAUUUUUGAAUGUCCUAAUCUUCUUGCCUUCCCUCUGUUCUGGUAUAACUAGGGAUGAUGUUAUUUAGGUAUUACGAAAAAAGUCAGCAACACUUCCUCAAAUUCCACUACUGAGGGGUAGGGGGGAGGGAAGUGCAAUUGAAUUUUCCUGUUUAUGGGUCUUUACAAUGCCCCAAUGGUAUUACAUCUGAUACAUUGAAUAUCAAGCGCUGAAGAGAUACCCUACGAGUUACAGAAAUAUCUCUGAAUGCAGCAUUCUGGAUACCAGACAAAAGGAGGAUGCGUACAUUCUUAAAUAAAAAUCAUCCUUUGAACGCUGCAAACGGAUGGAGCAACCAUUAGUCUAUGGCUGCAGGUAAAUCCCAGCUUGGUCGAUAGCUGCGUUACCUACCCCUGGUCCCCGGCUGGCUCAGGUCUCUUUCUGACCUUCUUAAGAAUCUGUAGCACUGAGCGUCCCUGCAACAUGUACAGCCCCUCUCGCUCAGCAAGGGACGAUGCUGGGGCUCUGCCAUCCCCCUGUGUCUGCUGGUGUCGCUCAUGGCCUGGUGAAAGUACUGCGGUCAGUUGUGUGUGUGUGUGUCCCUCGUCCCAUGACUGACAGCACCCACCCCUUCCUCCUGCUGCUGCUCCCAGAGGGUGAUUCCGUCCUGCUUUAAGUUGUUAACAGUAGCUGGGGUGGGCAAGGGAGGAGACACUGAACAUCGCAGAGCUUGGUGUUGGGGAAGGAAAGAUCCUGAAUGUGGAGAACCCAACUUUCAAACACAAAUGUUCAAUGUGCGCAUCAUUAGCCACUACGCAAUUUGAACACUUUCACUUGAAUUACAAACCCAUUGUUUCAGCUGCUUACCUUGACUCUUCUCCAGCUUGUAGAUGUCUGUAUUAACUCCAGUUAUAUGAAAUGUCAACUUUGAAGUAUUUUUGUUAAAUACACAGUAGAGCUUUGUAUUUAACUAAUUGUGAAUUAAUGUCUGUAGAGUGUGAAAUACCAUUUUUAAAGUUGCUUCUA